GCCACCAGUUCAACUUUCCCCCGCGCUUUCCCCGCCCCUUGUACUAAGUAUUACUUUCCCUUAGACGAGUUGUUUCAGAAGAAUUUGAUGCGUGGCGUGCAAUGAAUCAUGUGUGAGGAUACAGUAAAUUAUAAAUAUGAUGUUUCAACAGUAUGAUCAGUAGUUCGUUGCCCUUGCAGUUGCAUGUUCUUGUACUACUUCUACGGGGAGAAGCUGACUUCUGCUUUGUCGCUCAAUGAAAAUUUUCCACAACCGUUACCAUUAGUGCGUGUAGGAGGUUUUAUUGUUGGUGAGUCUACUCUUUCUCAGUCUGAUUUAUUGAGCCAUGUCGUCUUCGUACCAGAAGUAUCAAAAAUCGUCGGCAUCUGCGUCGACCCGCGUAGGGGACUCGCGGUACAGAAGCGACACCGAUCCAGCUAGGGAGAGAUCCAGAACGCCACCAAGAACUUCACAAUUUUUCACUUCGGUGGAGGAUUAUUACAAUGAGGUAUAGUUUUGUUUUCCAAUUGAUUUUGACUCUUUAGUUGGAUUCCUAUAAUAAUUAUGGUGUAGCAUGUUUAUUGGUCGCACUUCUUUUACUGUGUAUAAUCUGGUGAUUCUGAUUGACGUCUAGUAAAAGAGCACGUUGUUAUUCACCUUGUUGUGUACGUGAUUACAUUCUCAUCUUCCUACCCUAAAACACAUCAAUCAGGUGGUCCUCAGACGCUGCAUCUUCGAACAGUCGCCGUCAAGAGGAGGUGGUGGUCCCCGAAAAAGCGCUUGUUCUCCUCUUCUAAUUUUGUUAAUGGGUCUUCCUGGCGCAGGCAAGACGACGUUGAAAAAAGGACACUUUGGAAAGUGCGUCAUUACUUCCAUACGACCUGAUACGCAGUUUCCACGCAAUGGCAAUGUUGACGAAAGGAACAACAAUUACACGCGGAGGAACGGAAGAGAAAACCAACAUGACCGGCGCAAUAAUAGUAGCAGUAGUGGAAGUGAAGGAAACUACUCCUGCGAACAAGAAGGGAAUCCACAUCAACUUCAAGCAAUUACCUCCUUCUCAUCCAACGACACUGACCACAUCAAUAGCCAACAAGAAGGCGGGAACGAAGACCGACUCCAGGAUGUCCAGAUACAAGAGCCACGACAGCACAAGUUCUUGUUCGAUCUAGAGCCGGAUCGUUUGAAAAAGUAUCACAGGGAUUUCGAUGAUCGCGAUGCAGACGAAAACGUCCAUAGAUGGAGCGUCAUCAAAAGCGUCGAAUUGAUGGAAAAAGCUGUGCGGAAGCGGGUGAGUCUGAUAUACGAUUGCUCAGGGAGCAAUUUCAGGUAUUUCAAUUCAUAACAUUCAUAAUACAAGGUCGUUUUUAGUUCUUGUAGAUCAUCAUGUUGUCGAAUGAAAAUGAUGUAGUGGUGCUGGAUGAACACAGAUUAAUAUUGGAUGUUGUAACUAAUAUGUCCUCUACGCUGGUCUAAGUCUAUCUGUUGUUCUUGUUUGCCAUUCUUCACUGCUCUAUGAUUUGUUAUAAUUUGAUCACAUUCUAGAUCGAGACUAGACGUUCCUCUGUUUUUAUACUUCUCACUGAUGCUGAUCGAUGGAGCUGGGAAACCGUUCUACUCAACAUGGCAAUUUAGAUUUACUUCAUGAUCAUUCAUGGAUUUCCGUUUGCCUUUGCUAGAGCUAUUGAUGUCGUACAAUAGUGUAGAACUAGCUGAUCUUUUGUGAAAUAAUUUUUGCACUUUCGAAGGACCGUUGCGCGGUGCCGUAGUGGCUGCGUCGAGUCCGAGCGGCGCCACCCGCUGAACGCCAACGCUGAAAGCGUAAACUCAACAAAUACAGCUCUGUGCUAGAAACUAGAAGUCAAAAAAUCUAGAUCAUGAUCAAGAUGAUUAGAUACUAGGUGGAUGAACGUGACGUGUGUGUAAAAGCAAAAGGUUGUAGUUUUGGUAGCUGGAGGUUCUAACGUUUGAUCUCAUGGGACUGCUCUAUAAUAUUGUACUUCAAAGCAAUUUGAAAGUCUGGUACUUUUGCUUAGGACUUCACCAACAUCAAGUGGGUGAUAGCAGGUUACAAAUCCAUGAUCUGCCCUGAAAGAAACGACCGUGAUACCCUAGCGAACUCCCUUGGCUUUGAUUGUGUCGCCCGCUCCAACAUCUCAAUUUUUUUUUCAGAGCCCGACUGCCCCGGGCGGUUUUUUGCCGCCUAUGUCUGUGUUUUAGCCUGUUCUUGUGUUGUGUGUCGUUUCAGCGGCAGCUAAUAUACCUCUGGUGCCGUGUUCAUCCCUCCGCAUUAGCAGAUCGAGGUUAGUGUCUUCACACCCAGUAUUGUUCGUGCGCCCUCCCUGUCUACAAUGAAACCCAGAAUUGAACAUCAUCUUCACUGAUCCAUUGAUUCUCUAUCUCGAAAUCCUUCUCUCAAAAAAUUCCCACAGGUGGAUGGAAGACCGAGCCCGUUAUGCGUUUGAUCGUGGGUAUGAGGUUGACGUUAUUUACGUCGAUACUCCGCUUCCAGUUUGCUUAUACCGGAACCGACUUCGCGGACUGAACCUAACGCCGCGCGACGUAACGGAGGCAUUACUGCGACGACCUGACAUGCGCGCUCGCGCUGCGAUUAGAGACAAGAGUAAAGGAUCAUCUUCCUCUGCAUCCUCUUCAGGCGAGAGUGCUAAGAACAAGAAGCCUUCAACAACGGACCAACAAUUAAGGGUUUCCACAUUGCAUUCCUCACUGCCAUCCUUGCCUUGUUUUCCACUAGUAAGCAAGAAGUCCCAAGGAUGUUGUUCUGAGGAAUGCAAUGGCGCAACCUCUAAAACAAGACAAUUACAACCCCAGAGGGCGUGACCGUCGUACUGGCAGUGACCGUGGCAGACGAGCGCAGGAAGAAGAGCGCGACGAGGAGCAGAACGGUGGUGAAGAUCACAGGAAAAACAAAACUACUUGUUCUAGGGAACGCGACAAUUUGUCAGUUGUACAACUAGCUGAAGACGAGCAGGAAGAGCAUCCUCCACUAGAAGAGGAUGACGAUGCAUGUUCUCAAGUUGACGAUGACGGAUUUGGAGGAGAGGAAAUUGCCUUUGACGAAGGACAUUUCGUGCCAGAGGAAAUCAUCCUAGAAAAAGCCGAAGUAAUCAGUGACUCUUUUCGAAGGUUGCAACGAUGCAGAUAUGUCAGGAGAGUUGUAAGAGAAUGCUGGGAGGGCGAGGAGGAUGCUCGUCCUACAACUGUCGUACAGGAGGAGGACGAGGGAAUACAAGAUCAUGAUCCGAGGACUCAUGCUAAAAAUCUCCGAGAUCAACGAAAGCAACUACAAGGUAAUAAACAACUCGAGAUGCGUCGUGCGUUAAUCGAUCUUUUUUGCUAUCCUGCACCACGAUUCGAGACUGUGAGUCCUGUGGACCCUUUGUACGGAGUCCCACCUAACGGUGCUUGUCCAGCAGACGUGAAAGACCCUUGUGCAAGGCGUACUCUGCGUAUGGCUUUAUGGAAACGCGAUUUGCGUGUUGCAGAAAGGAAGAAGCAUCGAUUGGGGUGGAUGGACUCGGAAUUAGAGUCUAGGGAGUCUUACAUCUGGCGAACGGUGUUUGGGUGCAAAGAUGGAAAACGACCGCGACCAGUACGAAGAAGAGAUCAUAUUAGAGAAGCACUUCAACUUCAUCAUCAUCAGCAUCAAGACGUUAAUGCAGCUAGGAAGAGCAGUAGAGACCACAAUUACAACACAAGAAGAACGACAAGUAAAGAAGAUCUUCAACAUGGUCCUCGUGGAGACCACACUAGAAGUACAACUAGAGGAGAUCGUUCUUCUUACGACUACAAUCCUGGCAGCCGAAGUUGCCAUGGCCGCGGAAGAGGUGGACGUGGAGGCGGCUAUAAUAAGAAUAACCUCCAGAGCAGUAGAGCAGGUGCUGGAGCUUACACUUACACCUCUUCGUCGUCAUCGUCAUCUUCUUGUGCUGCUUCUGACAGGAGAAACAACGGCGCAUUGUACAAUCUUCAUGAGCAACAACGAGAGAAUAAUAGGGACGUGGUCGACGAUAGGCGGAUCAAUUUUCGUGACAUCAGCCGACGAGGGAACAAUACGCACUACCAAAACAAUGGUAGGGGAUAUCACGUUCAAGAUGGCCCGCCGCAUAUCAAGAGGAGAAGAUAUCAACAAGACAGUUCUCCUUCUUCAACAAUCGACCGUCGAACGUCGAACCAUCAUAAUUGUUCUUCUCAUGAUAGAAACAGACACUACAACAAUAACAACAACAGCAACAAUCGUGGACGAAAUCAACACCAGCUGCAGCGUCCUGAGGCCCCGACUGCCCCUGCGUGGGUUAUGGAGCGCAAUAUGUUUCCUUACCAAAUGCCUGACGGCUGCCAGCACUGGACUCUUUGGGCGCAGGAGGAGCUAGCCCACGACUCCAUCUGCCGCAUCGUGGAAGAAUGGAUCCAGCAGAACGAGGAUAGCUUAGCUGUUGCCUUAGAACAGGAUGGCAAGGGGCAAAACAACUUCCAUCAGAUUAAUCAAGAGGAUGGAGAUCAGGAAGAACGAUUCGGAAGAAGUCGAAGGCAAGCUGGCAAUGGCAAUUUGAGUGACUCCUCGUGCUGCAGCGACAACAAUUAUUCGAUGAGCCGUGACGACCAAGAAGGCCGUUCGAACAACACCAGCAUCAACUCCACCUCUAUUGACAACCAGAAGAAAAAAAUGAAGGUAAUCUCGUGGAACUACGAUGACAACAACGCGAGACGCACGAUUGACAUUCCGCACGUCCACGUCUACCUGAAUUUUGGCAAGGUCACAGACGUCAACGACGGUCGCGUUCCUUUGCGGGAAAUGCUGCUUGAUAGGAACAUGCAGCCGCCUUCCAGGACUAGUUCUAGAUGACACUGACCUGAUUUUGAGCACACCUGAGUUGUAUUGACCACGUGGUCUGCUGCUUCCUCCACUCGCGAGCGGACAGACUGAGUUGGACGAAGAGAAGAUUUUAUAAUGCUUGUUGACACAACUGGUGCGGAGACUAAAUUAAUAGUACAUCAACAACAUUUAGUGCUGUAAAGAAACUACAGUAAAUAUAACAAACUCAACUUAUUACUUGUGUCUACAACUACGCAUGCGCAUGCACCAUAUGAUCUACCCAAAUGGAAGUCCCUAUCGUCCCUCCACCCCCCCCCAAAGACUUAAGAACGCUGUCCCCAAAUGAAUCAUCCUCAAAUUAUGAAGCCAGAUCCACAAUGUUCCGCUGUUGUCCUCAUCAAUUUGAUGGAGGUGGAGAACGAG